GUGGCCGAGGCUUUCCAUCCUCCCGCCUGCAGGGAGAGUCCAGUUCACUCAGACCUGAGAGAGCAUCAGAGAGAGCAGCUCACUCAUCUUCAUCAUCCUCCAUCCUCAUGGCUGACCCCUCCAAGUCCUCGCAGACGGCCAAGAAUGUGGUCAUCGCCCUGCUGGCGUUGUGGUCCAUCAUCUCGCUCAUCGUCAUCGUGGUGUGGUCGACGUCUCCGGACCUGAAGAGCUCUGCUCAGUGCCGUGCGGAGCUGCAGGACAAGACAGAGAAGUUGGAGGGCGUGAAGGUGGUGUGCCAGAAGGACAAGGAGGCACUGGAGGAGAAGGUGCUGGCCGAGAGGGAGGAGCUGGCCAAGAAGACGGCUGAGAUCCUGGUGCUGAUCAGACAACUCAAUGCUACCAACACCACGCUGGAGGAGUGCCGGCAGGAAAAUCUCGCCUUGCAGGCGAACGUCACCGCCCUGCAGGAGAACAUCGAGCAGCUGCGUCAGAUCGAGGCGAACCUCACGGCUCAGAUCAGCCUGCAGGAAGAUCAGAUCGACGCCCUGCAGGAAAACGUGACUCAGGCCAACCACCAGGCCGAGGCCUGCGCCAGUCUGAGAGUGGCCGCAGAGAGUCAGAUGUUAGCCGCUCAGGCUCAGACCAGAGCCUGCGAGUCUGGGAAGCAGUACCUGCAGAAACAGCUGCUGAAGUGUAAGGAGGAGGACUCCAAGGCUCCUGAGCAGACUCAGCAGCAGCAGGACCCCCCCACGCCAACCCCCGCCUCUGCCGCCUCGCCCCUCUCUGGUAUUUCUGCGCUGACGCUGCUCGUCUGCGGCGCUCUGCGUCUCAUAACCUGAGCUCAGCGAGGCGGCGACCUGUCAAUGGACGGUGAGCACUGUGGUCCAGGAAGAGGGUGGAGCCUGGAUGGACUAAAUGACUGCUGUACAGACUGCCAACUGAUCGCCAUGGAGACGCUGACGUGUCACGCUGUCGUAUGAUGAAUGAAUGGACACAAUCUCUGCUGAGACGUUUACUGACUCUGCCGCUUCACCGUUUCUCCUUUAGCUGAAUGUGUUGAUUUCUAUCCUGCUGCUUCGUCUCCUUCUUAUUUAGCUUUUUAAAUAUUCUGGUUUUAAAUUCUCCAAAAGGUUUUAGUUUUAAAAUAAAAUCUAAACUCUGACGGAGGAUUUAGAAUCAACCAGCAGGGAUCAAAAUGAAGCUUGAUGCGACUUUCGUUUUUAUUUAAGGCACCGUUUAUACCCGACUCGUCUAUGUCUCUGUUUAAGAGACUAACAUGAUAUUAUGAGGAUAUCCCAGCAUGCACUGGGCUCAGCAGCAUUGCUAACAGAAGAGCUGAUCCAGAGUCCGGUGUAAACAGGCUCAGUGUGUGUGAAUGUUUUUUGUUGAAGCUUGAAGCUCCGUCGCUGCAGCACAAACGACUCGACUUUUAGAGGCUUUUAUCUAAUUUUUGGGUGGGGGGUUGGGUGAGGGAUGGGACGAUGUUUUCAUGAAGGAAUAAUAAACAUGGAGAGUUUCUAA